GUUUGGAUGCACCUCUGUCUCAGGCUGAAUGACCCACACAAAAGACCUAAGGGGGAAACUCCUCCUGCUCUUCACUGUCACCUUCCUCUUCUUCAUCAUCUUCAUCAUUACAUCACCAAGGAUGGUCAGGGAGAUCCCAAACCCAAGUUUUUCCCUAAAAGCCUGUCACGUCCAGGUCUCAGAACAGCCCAUCACCCCCCUUCAAGACACCCAGCACCUACUUGUAUCAGCCUACAUGGACCAAAGAGUGAAGGGCUUUGAUGUACGCAUUAUCAGCAUAUUCAAGAGAGACUCCGUCCAUCCUCUCCACUGUAUAUUCUGCUGUUCUGGUGACAUCUCAACUACGACUCCUGCAAACAUUUUGCCCCACUCGGAUCACUUUGGGUUUCCCUAUGGUACCACAGAUGUCAUGUGUCAGAUUCCUUUGACCUGCCAUCGUGCCACACACGUUAGCCUUUUGACUGAACCCAACAAAAAUAUUUCGACUGAGCAGCUUUGGUUGCCCAUAAGAAGAACCGCAGUGAAUGAGAAAGAAAAGCUGCAGUUCAACUUCACAGUCUGCAUCUCCAAUCUGUUUGGAGAGUACAACAACGUGCUUCAGGUCGCUCAGUCGCUGGAGAUGUACAGGUUGUUGGGUGUGGGUCGAGUGGUGAUCUACAACACAAGCUGUGGCCCAGAGCUGGACCUUCUACUGCAAACCUACAGCCAGGAGGGUUUCUUGGAGAUAGUUCCUUGGCCCAUUGACAAAUAUUUGAUUCCAUCUAAGGGUUGGUCAUUCUCUAUCCAUGGAGGGGACCUGCAUUACUAUGGGCAACUGGCCACACUCAACGACUGCAUCUACAGAUCGAUGGCACGUUCACAUUACGUUACCCUUAAUGACAUUGAUGAAAUAGUGAUGCCGUACCAACACGACAACUUGGCAGAUCUGAUGAGCGUGCUCCAACAGCACAAUCCCAAUACAGGGGUGUUCCUCAUUGAGAACCACAUCUUCCCAAAGAUAUACUUUGAACCAGGAGGGAGGUUCCACCUGUCACAAUGGAAGGAUGUCCCAGGAGUGAACAUCCUGGAGCACAUCUACAGAGAGACGCCUGACAUGAACAUAUACCAUCCUUACAAGAUAAUAGUUCAACCAAGGAUGGUGGAGCAGACUUCAGUUCACUCGGUGCUCAAGACAUUUGGACAAGUGUAUAAAGUCCCACAUGACGUGUGCCGACUCAUCCACACCCGUGUUGCUCUGCGGAGGGAGUUAACAUUGGAGCAGCUCAAUGUGGACAAACGUCUGUGGGACUUUCACGAAAAACUGAUCCCCAAUGUGGACAAGGUUUUAAGGAGAGCGGGACUGCUGAGCUCAGAGGGACAGAGCUGAAGGAGGAGACUCCAGACUGAGCGUCCCAGUAUGCCUCAAAGAUCUGACAUCAUUCAUUGUGUGUAUGUGUUGGUUGUUAAAGGGAAAAACAAAAUAAGAUUUUCAUUACAUUGUUUGAGUGGCUGCAUUGUAACAAUGUAUAUGACAAUAAGCAUCAGGAAUCUUAAAAUCUUUCCAACAUUUCCUGUUUCUACUUCACCCAUUUGUAGCGCAGGUUUUAGCAAUAAGGAAGAAUCUAAAUUUUAGCUCUGGCAACCCUUAAGUCUUUUUGUAUUAUACUUUUUACAGCCACAGUCAGGUUUUAUUUACAGUACUGUAACUUUGGUAAACAUGCAAAAUGCCAGUCUGAGGCAGUGUUUUAGCUCAGGAGUCUCAAACUACCUACAGUGGGAAAAUAAGUAUUUGAUACUCUGAUAUAUACUUGUUUCAUGCUAUAAAAUAAAAAUAAAUGAUUUCAAAAUCAUACAAUGGUAUGCUAAAUCAGCAGUUUAUCAAGUACGUAUAUUCCCCGCUGUACCUCUGGAUCAUUUGGGCAGUGGUGGCUUGGUGGUUAAGGAAGCAGACGUAUUGACUAAUUAUUGACAUUUUUUUAAUUAUAACGUCUCAAACAUACAUGAUUCUUACAUACAUAUGGCAAACGUUCAGUUGUAGUCCUUAUUUACCACAUCCUCCUGACCUCUGAGCCAAACGUGGACUUAAUGAUUUUUAAAUUUCAUUGUGUCACGUCUGAAUCAAUACAGUGGUGUCGGGAGUCAGAUAAGUUCAGGUCUCAGAGAGACUUCGAUCUCAUAGCAACAGAGAUCCAGAGAGCAGUUUUUAAUUAGAUAAAAAGCUCCAAAAAGUU